AUGUCAAAAGCUACUUUUAUUAUACAAAUUGCUUCUGUACCUGGUAAUCAAGUUGGUCAACGACGAUUUGAACAAUGUCGUUAUUUACAUGAUUUACUUGUGAAUACAUUAAUUGAUCGAAAAGAACAAAUAAAAGAAUUAUCUAAAUUAUUUCCUCAACAUAAAAUUGCUCUUCGAUCAGGAUUUUCACAAACAGCACAAUGGGGUCUAGAACCAAAUAUGUUUAUUGAAAUUCAUGGUAAUGAACGUCAAGCACGUAUGAUUAGUGCAUUAUUUGGUAAAGCAUUUUGUCAAGAUGGUAUAGGUAUUGGUUGUGAUGAAAUUGAAGGACAAAAUCAUUCUGUAUUAAUUGUUAAUAAAGAUUGGAAAAAUGAAGAUGAACGAUUAAAUUUUGUUUCAAUGAUACUUCAACAUUUUCCAUCACUUUCAGCUCAACUUGAUAUUAAUGGACAACUUGCAUUUCAUGAUUAUUCUAUGCAUUCAUCAUAUUCAUUUAAUGAUAUUAUAGAAUUAAUUAAUAAUGAAAAUAAUCAUGAAAAAUUUUUUAUUGAAGAACAAAAAAUGAAAAGUGAACUUGUUGAUCAAACUGAAUAUGAAAAUUUAUUAAUGCUACUUGAAUCAUCACAUAUGCGUAAUAUAUUUAAUAUGUUACGACAUGAACAUGCUCGUCUUUUUUCUGGUUAUGGAUGUGCUUCAUUAACAUUACCAUCAAUAUCAAAAAAACAUCGAGAAAAACAACAUGAACAAAAACAAGAUGAAUGUGAUAAAAAUAAAAUUCUUGUAUUUCCACCUUCCCAUUUAUGUACAUUAGUUUUUAUCUCUUAUCAACCAUUUAAAUAUAUUGCUCGAAAUGAAGAUAAUUUUAAUCAACAAUGUAAAGCAGUACCUGAUUUAGCACCACUUAUGGUUAUUUGUGGUAUAUUUUCAGUUUUUUUCUUUAGUACAGCUUAUAUUUUUUUAAGCAUAAUUUCUGCAGUAAGUAAAUACCAAAUUGAUAUAUCUGAAAUAGCGUCAAAAAUUGUUGUUGGUCUUAUUACUUUUAUUUUUGGUACAAUUACAUGUAGUUUUUCUAUUAUUCUACAAAUUCGAGUUUAUGGAGUCUAUCCAAACGGUGUUCAAUUUAAUAAUUAUUUAAUAGCUAGUUAUUGUCCAUCGACACUCAUGCGUGGUGCUUUAGCUAUGAUUAUUCUUACAUAUUUCAAUAUACUUCUAUUUAUUGGCAUUGUUAUAUUUGUUGUUAUUCAUAGACGAAUUAAAAUACAACAAGAAAAGCAAGGUGAUAUUGAAUCAGCGAUGGAUUAG